GGUGCGGGUCCCGUAAUCAGAACCUGCUAUUCUUUCAUUUGACAUAACCCUCACUGCUUCUUUUCUUCACCACAACCUGCUAUUCUUUCAUUUGACAUAACCCACCCAAAUGGCAGGAGCAUUGGUCGGCGGAGCCUUUCUCGCGGCUUCCUUGCAGGUGCUUAUCGAUAAGUUGGCCUCCCACGGGAUCGGAGACUAUAUCUGGGGAAGGAAACUCGAGGAGGGCUGGCUCGUGAAGAAGCUCACAGUAACACUAUUGUCUGUUGAGGCGAUGCUGCAUGAUGCUCUUAAGAAACGAACUCUCAAUUCAGCCGUUACGGAGUGGUUGAGCGAGCUAGAAAGUACUAUAAAUGAAGCACAGAGCCUGUUGAACGAGAUUGCUGCUCAAGGGUCAAACGAUAAACCGAGAAGCAGAUCAUCGAGAAGCAAAGCCAUCCGGGAGAUUCUCGAGAGGUUAGAACACAUGAGCAGGCAAAAGGACGUUCUCGAUCUGAUUGAACUGUCAUAUAUUUUGCCAACAACCUCAAUACAGGUGCACGAGUCAGAUGUAGUUGGGAGGGUGGAUGACAAAGAGGGCAUAGUCAGCAUUCUGCUGUCGAAUCAUACAGCUGAUGAGGACUCGAUAAAGGCGAUCGGGAUCGUCGGUGUUCCCGGUGUAGGUAAGACCACGCUUGCUCAGCUUGUGUACAAUGAUAACAGAGUGGGAGAGCAUUUUGAUCUCAGAGUAUGGGUGUGUCUUUCAAGUAGAACAGAUGUUUACUCUGUGACAAAGACUAUCUUCAAAGCAGUCACUUCGGCUGCUUGUGACGUUGAUGAUCUUAAUCUGCUCCAAGUUAGAUUACGAGAACAACUGGUGGGCAAGAAGCUCCUACUUGUUCUGGACGAUGUUCGGGGUUUCGAGGAUUGUAGAGAAUGGGAGGUCCUGAGAAGUCCUUUCAGAUUCUGCGCUCUGGGAAGUUGCCUUAUUGUAACUACACGAUGCGAAAAUGUAGCGGGUACUGUGCGGACUCUCCCGCUCCAUCAUUUAAACCCACUCUCAGAUGAAGAUUGCUGGAGUCUGUUCUCAAGGGACGCAUUUGAUGUUGGAUGCCCCGCUGCUGAUCCUAAACUAGAGGCAAUAGGAAGAGACAUUGUCCGGAAGUGCAGAGGGCUUCCUAUAGCUGCCAAAACAUUGGGCGUUCUUCUCUGGGAAAAGCCAGAUCGUGAGGAAUGGGAUAAGAUUCUGAAGGAUGAAGCAUGGGAUUCGUUGCGCAAUAUGACCGACAUUCUUUUAAAGCUAAGAAAAGGAACUAAAGCUCGAAAAACAGUGCAAAAGAGCAGAACCGAACAGGCCACUGAUCGAAACCUACAUGUUAUUGGAAAUAACUUGGUGCCACUGAGUAGGAACAGCAGGUCCAAGAAAGCAAGGCUUCCCUUGUACUGUGUGCUUUGGCUCAUCUUAUUGGUGAUUGUAAGCAUCUCUGUCUUCAAAAGUGCAAAUAAGUUUCACACUAACAAGAGGAAUGGAAAGCUGGCCAGCAUGUGUGAUUUACGAGCAAAAAUGCUGCAGGAUCAAUUCGGGUACCACGUUAACAACUCCUUCUCCUUUGUGAUCUUCCUAACACAGGUUUUUAGAAUGCACCCCGUGUUAGACGACGAUCAGUGCAGGGAAGUCUUCUAUAAUUACGUUUUGGGACCUUUCUCUAUGUUCCCGUUUCUGGGGGGAGUAACGUUUCCGUGCCGGUCUCUACCCAAUGUCCCCCAUGAAUAUAUAGCCGAGACGGACAUUAUGAAUGCAAUAGCAACAAGCGACACUGUUAUAUCGAGGCCAUUCCAUUUCAAGCAGUGUCAUCAUCGCCUUCAUUUUGCACUGAUUGUCCCCCUUGAUUCCGUGUAUCGAAUCUUCAAUUCAACGAGGGAAGAGCACAUUAGUGCAGGUUCUGGGUACAUUGCAACGUUCUUCAAGUUUGACUGCUUGGUAAAGCACGUACUCGGGCAACUCGAUGGAAAUCAGACGAUCUCAGUGGCUGUACAUGAUGUAACCAACUCCACUGAGUACUUUCUGCUGUUUGAUUCUGGAGAUUAUAAGAGCAACCAGUUUCAUGUUUACGAGAGCAGGCUUGAACUGGGGGACCCGUUCCGGAAAUACAAGAUCACAUGUUGGUACCACCAGAAGGCGUCCCUCUCUUGGAUUGUAAUCUCGAUCACAUGCUUAACCAUUGUAAUAGGUUUACUGUUGGGAUGUAUUCUUCUUGGAGCAGCAAUCCAUAGUCUGAGAAUUCAAGAAUUGAAGGCUCAAGUGGAAGCUGUUAAUGCUGCCAGCUCCUCGGUCCUGAGAGCGGCUUCAGGGGAGAUCAAAAUGCCAGCGAACAGCAUCCUUGAAACUCUAGUGCUGGUUCUGAGCACAGAACUGCGAUCUCCCCAGAAGGACUAUGUUCGAGUUGCUCAAGAAGGCUGCAAGAGGCUGAUAGAUUUGAUAGACGAGGUGGGUGGUCGACAAUAAAAAUCCUGACAUCCCGAUUCGACAGAGUUAAAGUUCGUUGCAUGAAGUUUGAUCAUCGCAACAGGUCUCCAUAAUGGUCUGGACGCGACUUGGUGCCCGUAUAGUAUUAAAUGGAGCGAUGGGGUGAACAUAAGAGAAUAUACGAUACAUUAGUAGCUAUUGUAUUUCUGUCAUAUCCAUUAUUGCAAAGUAUAAAAGGGUGUAUUCUGCUAUAUUGAUAUUACACAAGAGUGACCUCCUAACAAUUGACACCAAAUGGUCCCCUAGGACCUCUAGGAACAUGCGAUCACCAUUGGAUUCCUUGUGAGGGACGGUCCCGGCGGACUGUAGAAAAUCCUUAAGCUAAACAAUUAUGAAUGCUUUAUUGGACCAA